UUUAAUAUUCUGUAAUAACUUUUAAAUAAAUAAAUUCAAAUAAUAUUUUUAAUGUAGUUGCUCUUCUUCCAUGGAGAUCAAGCGUGGGCUUCACCAGACUGUCAUACAACACCAUCCUCGCCAAGUCAUGGGGUCCCGUCCCUUCCAUUUUCCCCUACUCAACAUCGCUUGGAAGAAGCUUUGCUCCAUCAACUUUUAGAGGAUCAAGAGGGGAAAUUGAUUACUGAUGGAAAACAUGGACAGACCCAGUUAUUGAUCCUUCUCUUGUUCCAAUCUUCGCCCAGAUUUCUAUCCUAAAGGUAAACAAACGAUGCCAAACCACCCAAGACCCAGAUUUAUAUCCACGAACUCGUCUCCCUUGGGGGCUACAUUGAAUUUGUCAUCAAUAACAUAUAUUUUUCUGGCUUCGUCCUUUAGAGUUGCAAUUUCUUUGUAUUUUCUCUCAGUAUCUUCAUUUGGAUUAGAUUAGGGUUUCGUACGAUAUGUUGCCACUACAGUUCCAAAUAUGGAGAUGCUAAGAAUCAAUAAAUCUUCUACAGAAGUUAGCAUGAACUUAUUAUGUUCUUCCGGACAGGUUGGAGCCGUCGACCCAUUGACAGUUCUGGGUCAUGGCGAUCCAAUUGUCAGCCAUGAUCGAGAGAGAGAGAGAAACACAUUUUCUUUUAUUAUUGAACGGAAUAGAACAAAUUUCCUGAAUAGUCGAGAGGGCAAUUUUGUCCUAUAUGAUAUAAAUACGAAGUGUGUGUUAUGCCUUGAAAGCUGACAUUCUGAGAGCAGCAUUCCCUUUAAUGAUAUUAAGGGUGAAAAGUCACCCUUAUCGGCUAGAAAAAGCUCAGUUGGAAAGUUGAUACAGGAGGUUCUGCAACUAGACGAAGAAAAACUAGUUAGUUUAUAAAGGCUUAUCUGCAGGUUGGUGAAGAAGGAAAUGAAGCUGGGUUUGGAGGAAGUAGAGUGCCGUUUUGGCGUGUUAACAUCCACAUUCUUGUUUUAAUCGCCCUAGGUUUGGAUGUUAUUUUUGAAAAUUUCUGAACACUUCGGUCAUCACUGAUGCGAUCGACUACUAUGAUCUUAUAACGACUCUUCCGUGUGACUUAAGGUUCUUGGCCGGUGUAAGGCUGUUAGGCUUUUUUCCUCUUUAAAGUCAAUAGUUUGGUCUUCAAGGAAUCCGAUUCAUACUGUUGAAUGGCAUGGAUCAGUUAGAUUUUGUUCUGCAACCGUUCGUUGAGGUUUCAACCUUUGAAUAUUUAAAAACAUUCCUUGACCCAACAUAGUAGAUACGUGAUAAAUAUUCAUUCCUUCCUCCAUCCCUCCAGCCAUGUCGGAGUAAGUAAUUCAGGGAACAGGUAUCGGCAAAACGGUUGUCUGCGUAGUAAUCGAUGUGCAGACACCAGACAUGUCGCAGAUUCAAAGACCGUAUCUUUUCCUUCCUCUGCUUCUUCUGUUUCUCUUCUCCCUCCCAUUGAAGCCCUCUACAUCAACAACUACAGAAGCCCAAGCUCUGGUCAAGUGGAAGAAUAGUUUAGCUUCCUCUGAUGCUCUACGUUCUUGGUCCCUCACCAAUAUAAGAAGCUCCUGCAAUUGGGUCGGCAUCGUCUGCAACAAAGCCGGAAGCGUCACCCAGAUAAACCUCCCCAGCUCUAGUCUCAACGGGACACUCGACCAACUCAGUUUCGCAUCGUUACCCAAUCUCACCAGUUUUGAUCUCAGCGGUAACUCUCUCGAUGGAACAAUUCCCUCGGUCAUUGCCAACCUCUCCAAGCUCACUUACUUGGACCUGGGCACCAAUAAUUUCGUUGGUUCCAUCCCUCCAGAGAUCGGAAGACUGUCGGAGCUCCUCUAUCUCAACCUCUUCAACAAUUCUCUCGAGGGUCCAAUCCCAUAUAAGAUCAGCAAUCUCCAAAAGGUAUGGUACCUAGACCUCGGGUCAAACUACUUAGAAUCCCCUGACUCAUCCAAGUUCUCUGCCAUGCCCAACCUUACAUAUCUUAGUCUUUUCUACAACUCACUGAGUAUGGACUUCCCGCCUUUCGUACUCAACUGCCGGAACCUGACUUACCUCGACUUAUCGUCGAACAGCCUUUCGGGCCCGAUACCAGAACUGUUGGCCACCAAUCUGCAGAAGAUUGAGUACCUUAAUUUUACUAGUAAUUUCUUUCAAGGGCCGUUGCCUGUGAACCUGAAGAAGCUUGGUCGGCUGAAAGAGCUACGUCUGGGAGAGAACAGGUUCACCGGUACAAUACCCACUUGGAUUGGUUCUAUUUCUGGACUGCAAAUUCUCGAAUUACAAAGCAAUUCACUGGUUGGGCAGAUCCCUUCUUCACUGGGCCAACUCAGGAUGCUUCAAAAACUGUAUCUCGAUGGUAACAGAUUGAAUUCGACUAUUCCUUCCGAGCUCGGCCUUUGUACUAAUCUCACCUUCCUAAGCCUUGGGGCGAACUUUCUCACCGGGUUCCUUCCUCCCUCCCUAUCCAAACUGACCAAGAUAUCUGUACUGAAUAUCUCAGACAACUCGCUAUAUGGAGAGAUUUACCCUUACUUCAUUACAAACUGGACCCAAUUGACCUCUUUGCAACUCCAGCACAAUAGCUUUAGGGGAAAAAUUCCUCCUGAGAUCGGUAGAUUGACAAAUCUCACAGUCCUCUUCCUCUUGGAUAAUCACUUUUCAGGUCUGAUACCUCCGGAGAUUGGGAACCUGAAAGAUUUGGUGCAACUAGACCUAUCAAAGAACGCUCUCACAGGUCCUAUACCUCGCACAUUCGGAAAUCUAUCAAAGCUUGAGUUCUUGAACCUUUUCGGAAGCAACUUAAAUGGGACAAUUCCCCCUGAGAUUGGAAACAUGUCAUCACUACAGAUGCUUGAUCUCAACUCGAAUCAAUUGCAAGGAGAGGUGCCAGACACCAUAUCUCGCCUUGAAAAUCUUGAGAUGCUCAACUUGGUUAACAACAACUUAUCUGGUAGCUUUCCGAGAGAAUUUGGACAGAGUAGUCCUUCUUUGAAACAUGCCUACUUUUCCAACAAUAGCUUUUCUGGUGAGUUACCGCCGGGGUUAUGUAAUGGCUUUUCCCUAGAACGUUUGACAAUCCAUACCAAUCAUUUCACAGGGCCAUUGCCCGCCUGCUUGUGGAAUUGUUCAAAACUGGUUAGAGUCAGGCUUGAAAAAAACCAGCUCACUGGGAACAUAUCAAAGGCUUUCGGAGUACACCCAGAUCUUCUGUACAUAGAUCUCAGUGGUAACAGGUUUUCUGGUGAGCUCUCCCCAGAGUGGGGAGAGUGUGCAAAUCUUACUUAUUUUCACAUUGAUGGAAAUAAAAUUUCUGGUGAAAUUCCAGCUGAGCUUGGGAAGUUAACCCAAUUAGAGGAUCUAAGCCUGUCUUCAAAUGAACUGAGGGGACAAAUUCCAACAGAAUUAGGGAGUCUGAACAGGUUAUUCAAGCUUAAUUUGAGCAAAAAUCACUUGACAGGAGUGAUCCCUCGGAGCAUUAGCAAUUUAAAUGGCCUACAAGUACUUGACUUGUCAGAAAAUGUAUUAAAUGGAAAUAUACCUUCAGAGAUUGGAAAGUGCACCAGCUUGAUUAAGUUGAAUUUGAGUAACAAUGAGUUAUUGGGUGAAAUACCAUCUGAGUUGGGGAAUUUAAAUGCUUUGCAGUCGUUUCUUGAUCUAAGCCAAAAUUCAUUCUCAGGGUCCAUUCCUUUGAACCUGGGGAAGCUGACUGCAUUAGAGAAUCUCAAUCUAUCCCAUAACAACCUCUCUGGCACAAUCCCUAAAUUGUUUUCUGACAUGUCUAGUAUACAGCAUAUAGAUUUCUCCUACAAUGAAUUGACUGGUCCUGUCCCAGAUGGCAACAUUUUCCUGAAGGCACCUGCUACAGCCUUCAUUGGAAAUCCAGGUCUGUGUGGAACUGCAAAAGGACUACUCCCUUGUGAUACAAGUCCUCCUCGCAGUCAUUCCAAGAAGCAUAACAGACUCAUUAUUUCUAUCAUUGUCCCCAUUGUCUGUGUUUUACUUUUGGGAGCUGUAAUUACUGGAAUUCUAAUUCUAAGUAGGAAAUCAAGACAACCAGGUGAAGAGAUUAGAAGUGUCACAAAGGAUGAAACUUCUGGGGAAUUGAUUUGGGAAAGAGAAGGAAGAUUCAUAUUCAAUGAUAUCAUUAGAGCCACAGACAACUUCAAUGAGGAGCACUGUAUUGGAAAAGGAGGAUAUGGAUCUGUUUACAAAGCAGUGCUUUCAACAGGUCAAAUAGUAGCUGUUAAGAGGCUAAAUAUGUCAGAUUCAAGUGACAUUCCAGCAAUAAAUCAACAAAGUUUUGAGAAUGAAAUCCGUACAUUAACAGAAGCUCGGCACCGGAAUAUAGUUAAGCUGUAUGGAUUCUGUUCUAGGAAGGGAAUCAUGUAUUUGGUGUAUGAGUAUGUAGAGAGAGGUAGUCUGGGAAAGGUUUUGUAUGGGAAAGAAGGGGGGAGUGAAUUGGACUGGGUGGCAAGGGUGAAAAUUAUCCAAGGGCUUGCCCAUGCAAUUGCUUAUUUGCACCAUGAUUGUUCUCCUCCUAUUGUGCAUCGGGACAUAUCUGUGAAUAAUGUUUUGCUUGAGUCAGGCUUUGAAACUCGACUUUCAGACUUUGGAACAGCUAGAUUAUUGAGCUCUGAUUUAUCCAAUUGGACUACAGUUGCUGGGUCUUAUGGUUACAUGGCUCCAGAGCUUGCAUUUACAAUGAAGAUCACUGAAAAAUGUGAUGUUUAUAGCUUUGGAGUGGUGUCUUUGGAAGUUAUGAUGGGAAGACACCCUGGAGAGCUCAUUUCUUCGCUGUCAUCACCAUCAAUCAGUAGUGAUUGUGACUUGUUGUUGAAGGAUGUUGUAGACCAAAGACUUCCACCACCCACAGGUCAAUUGGCAGAGAAGGUGGUGUUUGUAAUUAACAUGGCGCUGGCAUGCACACAUGCCAAUCCUGAGUCACGCCCUACAAUGUGUUUUGUUGCACAGGAACUGUCAGCUCGCACCCAUGCAUAUCUAUCAGAGCCACUUUGAACAAUUACAAUGAGCAAACUAAUAGGCUAUCACAAAUAGAUCAUGUUAGGUAACUGUAUUGAUUUUUUCCAGUAGAGUCCAUGUCCCUUGGAUGAAUGUAUGGAGGAACAGUAUUGUAUCAAUGAAUAACCUCAUUUUAAAUA